AUGGUCCGACUCCAGCUCCUCCUAUCAGCCCUAUCUGUGGCCCUGUCCCACCAGGCAUGCGUCAGCGACGACGACUGCAGCCUCAACGGCGUCUGUAGCAGAACCGGCGCCUGCAAAUGUGACCCUGCCUGGACCGGCGACGACUGCGGCGCCCUCGACGUCCGCCCCGCCAAGCGCAACGGCGGCUACAACAUGACGGCCGAGGGAACGUCGUCGUGGUGCUCCAAGAUAGUCCAGGAUCCGUGGGACCGCGGCCUGCACCACCUCUUCGCCUCCGAGUUCACGCACGGCUGCGGGCUCGACUACUGGGCGCCCUACAGCCGCAUCAUCAGGGCCGAGUCUCGCACGGGGCCCGCCGGCCCUUACCGCUUCGCCGCCGAGGUCAUGGGCGCCUUUGCGCACAACCCGACGGUCGUGUACAGCCCUGCGGACAAGGAGUGGCUGCUGUACUACAUCGGCUGCCCGACGCAGGUCUCGGAUACGUGCCAGUCGCAGAGCUUCACGUGCGGGCCGGGCAACGACUUGAACGGCGAGAGCGGCGUCUCGGUGCUCAGCAGCCGGGACCUUCGCCAUUGGGACUUUAAGGGGCAGGUCAUGCAGGGAGACAACUCGACGGACUGGGACGCCGACGUGACCAAUCCUACUGCUUUCCCCCUGUAUACCUCGAGCUCUUGCGGUCGCGAGGCAUCAGCUGCUGCUGCUGAACAUGGGCAUUGUCCCGGCCACACGGAUGCCAUGCUUCUGGUCUAUCGCGGCUGUCCGUUCAACUGCGGCGGCAGCGAGCUGAUCAAUGUCGCUGUCUCGGAGACGGGCUACAAGGGGCCAUAUACCAAGAUUGAGCCGGACCCCAUCUUUUCCGAUCCCAACGAGGAUCCGUUUGUUUGGCGCGACAAGCGAGGCAACUUUCACAUGCUGCUGCACUCGCUUGAGCCUGACGGAGGAUUCGGCUGGGGGCCCCAGGUUGGUCGGCAUGCCUGGGCGAGGAACUACACUGGGCCGUGGACGUUUGGCAAUAAGACGCUGGCAUUCGGCACCGAGGUUCAGUACGAUGAUGGGACGACGAUUGAUUUCUUUCGGAGGGAGAGGCCGGAGCUGUUUUUCUCCGAGGAUGGGGAGAUGACGCCGCUGUUGUUGACGACGGGGGUUCAGGAGCGGAAUAGUCCUAUGAGUUAUAGUAUUGCUGUUCCUCUGGGAGACGCGGGCGUUAGGGCUCAGAAUCAGCAGUACUGA